AUGGGUUGCUUCCCAUGCUGUAAGUCAGAUGUUGAAACAUCCUCUUUCAGAGCCUCCAGGAAAAUUUCCAAAGGCAGGAAAACAUUCAAAUCAUUAGCGGCUGCUAUGUCACUUAAAACAGGUAGCAGCAGGCAUAGACAAAUAGAUGCAGAGAUAAGAAAAUAUGGAACUGCAAAAAAUGAUGUUAAAAUAUUCACAUAUGAAGAUGUCUCUGAAGCAACAAACAACUUCAGUGCUGAUUGCCUGGUAGGAGAAGGUGGAUUUGGAAAUGUCUACAAAGGAUACUUGAAAAGUGUUGAACAAACUGUAGCUGUGAAAGUACUGAACAGGGAAGGAAACCAAGGAACACGAGAAUUUUUUGCAGAGAUUUUGACGUUAAGCAUGGUGCAACACCCAAACCUUGUUAGGCUCAUUGGUUAUUGCGCAGACGGCGAUCAUAGGAUUCUAGUUUAUGAAUUCAUGGCCAAUGGGAGUUUGGAAAAUCACCUUCUAGAUAUAGGUGCAGAUAAGGAACCAUUGGAUUGGAAGACUAGAAUGAAAAUAGCUGAGGGAGCAGCUAAGGGACUUGAACAUUUGCAUAACAAUGCAAAUCCACCAAUUAUAUACCGUGAUUUUAAAUCAUCUAAUAUCCUAUUAGAUGAAAAUUUUAAUCCAAAGCUCUCUGAUUUUGGACUUGCAAAGAUUGGUCCAAAAGAAGGCCAGGACUUUGUGUCAACAAGGGUGAUGGGGACCUUUGGCUAUUGUGCACCAGAGUAUGCUGCAACGGGUCAGCUAACAACAAAGUCGGAUAUUUACAGUUUUGGGGUCGUGUUUUUGGAAAUAAUUACGGGUAGGAGAGUAUUUGACACUGGAAGAACCACAGAAGAGCAAAACUUGAUUGACUGGGCACAACCUUUGUUUAAAGACAGAACAAAGUUCACUCUGAUGGCUGAUCCUUUGCUUAAAGGUCAAUUCCCUGUGAAGGGUCUGUUUCAAGCUCUUGCAGUGGCAGCAAUGUGUCUCCAAGAGGAAGCUGAAACACGGCCUUACAUGGACGAUGUUGUAACUGCACUUGCGCAUCUAGCAGUGCACAAGGUUGGAGAAAAAGACAUAGCUGGUGAAUCUAUAAAGAUUGCUGGGCAUGUUGAAUCAUUCAGAGCUGCAAGUUCAAUUGGAUCUGAAAGGGCGUAG